AUGAAGGAUAGAUGUGAGUGGUGGCGGAUGGACAAAGGGGUAAAAAUAUGUAGCCCUAACUCGCGACAGACAGUUAUGCUUUGCCUUAGGGAUUUGGCAGGAUUAGAGAUAAGGCUUGUCGACGGACGAACGGAGGAUAUCAACUUUGGCGCCUACCUCCUUGGCUAUCUUGCGGAUGUUGGCCGCAAAGCUGUCAUUGCCUCGGAGCUGGUCCCCCUUUGUUGCAUAGAAGCUCUCUACUUUCUUGGCUUGACCUUGGAGAAAGAGGGAAACGUGGGUUGCCCUUUUGAGGGACUUGGUGGUGGGCUUCAGCUGAAAGGCGGAAGCCAAAAGAUAAGACCGAUCUAA